UAUGGCAAAUAAGCCCAAUUCCUAAUUCCUUGAAUAAGCCCAAUUCCAGAAGCAUUACAUUUCUUCACCUUCUUCAACUUUACAGCUUCAAAAGUUUCAGUGAGAAAUCAGUUGCAGAAUUUUGCACCAUUGUUGGAUUGCUAGAUCGAUCAAAGAAGAGAGAGAGAAAGAUGAUAAGAAAUAGGCUGCAAUGGCUGAACACAGUAGUAACAGAACCACAUUACUUCUUCCAUUUCCUAAUCUUCUUCUCGUACCUUCCAAUUCGUAUUUCUGCUUCUUCCAUCUUCUCUCCCGACAUCUCCCUCCGCCUUCUUCGCCGCGAGAUUCAAGCGGUUCUCGCAUUUUUAAUCUUUUCUGCUGUCAAGAUGAUAAGGGAGGAGACAUGGGAAGGAGUUAUUGCUGAUACUUUGCUUUACGGGAAGGCAUUUCUUUUUCUGCUUGCUCUAUACGUGGACUACCAUUUAGCUUUAUGGUACAUGCUGGCAUUUGUAGUGCUAUAUAUACUAGCACAACAACCUGCAUUUCCAGUACUAGGCGAAGUAAAGACUAUGACGCCAUUGCAGUUGGAAAGUACACUGAUUGAAGGGGUUUCUUCAAAAUACUGGCUGGUUGAAUUUCGUACUUUAUGUUCGUCAACGUGUGUACGGCACAGUCGGAACUUUCCUGAACUCUCUAUCACAUAUGCAAAUAGUAUUCUGUCCUUUGGUACAGUUGAUCUUGGGCUUUUUCCUAAUGUUGCUGAAAGAUUUGGAAUCUCACUAAAAGGAAAUGUGGGACUUCCAGCAUACAUAUUAUUUGAGAAAAAUUCCGAGAUAGCUCGUUUCCCGAGAGUAGAUUCUGAUGCAAAAGUUUUUCAUCCAUCUACAACCAAGGAAUUUUUGUCUCGGCAUUUCGAGCUUGACCGGCUUCUACUUGAAUAUGUACAUAGCAAAUAGACAGAUGGUCAAUAGUUGUAUCCCUCGUGCUGUAUGCCAAAGAUUCGUCUGGAGUUUUCAACCCCACAAGCUUAAGAUUCAUUUAUCUGAUUUACUGCUGGAAAUUUCUUACCCAAAAUUUUGUCUUUUUUGCAAUUAUAUACGUACAUAUCAUUUAUGUAUACACAGAUUUUGUACUAUUAAAAAAAAUGUAUACAGAGGUUUUGUUACUUGUUUCUA